CAAGUGGCCAAAGAAUUAUGUUAAAUCUCUUAUAAUUAUGUUAAAAUUAUAAUAAGACAAAAAUGAAGGGCAGUAUAGGGAUGGGUUUUCUCCAUCAGGAAAAAAAACAAGGGAGAUUUGGUCCCACCGAUGCAAUGCCCAUUUGCUGGAGGAUGCCAAAUCAUUUGCUGGGUGCAAGGUGGAGAGAGUUGAAAGAGGGAACAGACUCAGGUUGGCCUGACAAGAAGCAGGGGUCCUCUCUCCUGCCACGAGGACAGACAUUUUCCACCAGCACAAGGGAGGCCUUGAAGAUUUUGGAGCCAAGGUGUGACCUGAUCAGAAAUUACUUUGAGAAAGGUCACACAGGGUGUGCCCAAGAACGGAAAGGCAGGCAUUAUCCAUUCUCCCUGGUGACCUGGCCCCAGAGACCUUUAUCCGAAAUCUCCAAGCCAGGGAUUUACUACGAAGAUUUCAGGGGAAAAAACGUUCAAACCCAUCCCCUACUACUUGAAAAACUUGUCUGUAGACUCAAGAGCCCACCACGUGGGUCAAUGGUAGGUUUACAGACCUCUCUCCUUGGGGCCUCGGUACCCACGAGAAAAUGAGAAUGGAUCAGCUCAGCGGACAAACAGUUGCCAGGGUAGGGAACUGGCUGAGUUAAUCAGGUUAACAUCGAGGCCCCCAGACCUAAUUAACCCAGGUGCUGACGUGUCCACACACACACACCCCGUGGGCUGCCCCAUCUUGAUGCAAAUUUUUUAAAUGGGGCCACCGCAAAGGGUCAGAACUCCAAGCACAGAAUCUUUCCCCUCCCCUCCGCCCCUAGGGCAGGUCAGUUUUCUUUCAAUUCCGCCCUAGCCACCCAUUGCUCUCCUUUUCUUAUACUAAGUGGGUCCUCCCGGCCCCCAGGCGUCCACUCCCGACUCCGCCCUGGGCGUGGGGGCUGGACAUCUCUUCCCACCUCCAGGGUCACAUUGCGCAAGCGAUUCCACCCCAGGCAAGGCGGGGGGUCUGAGGAUUGCCACCGUUACUACUGUUAUUCUCUUGGUCAUUACUAUUUUCCCGGGGGAGCACCCCGCCUUCCCCCGGCUCCCGACCCCUUCCGCUGGGACCUUCCCGCUGCCGGUGUUCGGGACCGGCGUCCCUCAUACAGGCGUUCGGGGCCAAAACGUCCCCGCGGCCCGCGUUGCCGGCGCUGUCCCGCCUCUUCCCACCGCUCCGGGACUUGCACGGGGGUAGGCGUCCCGGGCCGGGGCCGGGGAGAGGAACCUGCUCAGGAUCCCCCACCAGCACCCCCUACUCACCGAGGUCCGCGGCUGCUGGCGCCCCCACUUCCGCCUGCGCCCCCGCUGCAGAGGCCCGGGCGGGCCGUGAGCCGCGGAGCCUGGGUUCCGCCCGCCUCGCCGCCACUGCCCCACGUGGUCGAGGGUCGGCCCGUAGGCUCAGAGCGAGCACAGCCAGGGGCGCCACCCCGCUGGCGGCUUUGCUGGACACUUUGAUCCGAUCAGCCAGCCUGAUCAGGGGUGUUUGGGAUGCCCAUUUCAGGGAGGAAGAAACUGAGGCUCAGAGAGGGGAAGACUUCCUCCCAGCUGGGUUAAGAGCAGAGCUUGGCCUGGCCUUUUCACCACCCCCUCCCACGCAUAUACACUCUUACCCUUUACCUCUAGUCGGAACCCCAUCUCCUCCACCUGAAACCCUGAGAUCAUGCUUUCAGCAGCAACAUACGAAGGAAAGGGCUUAGAGUGCAGUGGCUGUGCUGGAUUGGAGGCCAUUAUUUCAUCUUGCAGCCCCAAUUUACAAAAGGGGAAACUGAGGCCCUGAGUGGGGAAUGUGAACCUUGCGACUCAGGGCCCAGUCACCAGAACUCCACACCGGGUUCCACUUAGGCAGGGACCCCAUGGGCUUCUGCUUUCCACUAGACUCCCAAGGCCUAGUGUCCGGCCAGCACACAGAUAGUUGCUCUGCAAAUAUCUGUUGGAAGAAUGUCAGGCACAUAGUAGGAGCUCAAAAAUAUUUGUUGACUUAACUAUGAAUGAUUAGGGCUAUAUUUGUAAAGAAGACAGACUCCCAUCUUGCCUCUCAGAACCUACAUUCUAGUGGGGGUGGGAAGGACGGGAUAGGGUGUAAAUGAGCAAAUAUAUAAACAAGAUUUUUCAGGACCUGAUAAAAAUCAUGUAAAAAGAAUUAAAUAAGGGCAAUGUGAUAGCGAGUGGCAGUCUUGGGGAAGCUUAAAAUUAGAUGAUCAGAGGAGGUGGCAUUUAAGAAGAAGCCACCUUAGAUAACCCUCUGGUUCCAACUUCCCCUCUUUUGACAGAUGGAGAAACUGAGGCCCAAGAGGGAACUGGGGACAGAUAGAGGUCAUCUAGUGUAAUUUGCAAGGCCUUCAGCAGGGUGGGGCUACUUUAGAUAGUUGGUCAGGGCCCUCUGCUCUCUGGAGGACAAUUGGGCUGAGACCUGAAUAACAAUACGUAGAACUCCAAGCGCUCAGCAUCUGAAAUCAACAUCUGGGCUGGGGACACCUGGGGAGGACACAUUCUGGCCCUGACCUCAGGGGCUUGCGUUGUGUGUGGGGGGGAGGACAGUCAACAAACAGUUCUAUGCUAUAAUGUGGUCAGUGCCAGGAAGAAAAGAACACUUGUAAAAGAUUGAGGGUGGGGCAGGGUGUCAAUGCCACUUCAAACAGGAGCAGAGAGAAUUGCUUAGAGCAGGGAAGUUCAAGGGGGCCAGAGUGGAGGCAGGUGAGGUGCUUGACUAUUUGGUUUUAAUGAUGACUCCAGGUCUGGGAACAGGGUAGAUGUAUAUGAUAACAACCCUCCUAUGCUCAAAACCCUUCCAAGGCUUCUGUCUCAGGAAAACCAAAAGACCUUAAAAUACUUAAAAGACCCUUCCAGAUGUGAUGUGCCCCUUUUUUCCCCCUCACUACACUCAAUCCCCCGCCCUCAUUUCCUCCCCUUCCUUGUCACUCCUGCAUCCACAGGUCCACUGGCUGGCUGCCUCACCUAACCUCAGGCCUCAGUUCCACCGUGCCCUUUCCGGGAACGGGGAGAAAACUGAAGCCCCCACCCCACCCCCGUAACCCUGUCCCCACUCCUAGCUUUAUUUUGCUCCAUGGCACUUGUCAUCAUGAAAGGCACUCUACGUUUUACAUAGUUAUCUUGUUUACAGUGUGUCCCCCACGGUAUAAACUCCGUGAAGGCAGGGGUUAUUUAUUGUUUUGUGUACUUGUGUAUCCUCGGUGCUUAGAACAGAGCCUGGUGCACAGGAGGCGCUCAAUAAAUGUUUGCAGAAUGAAUUUUUAUUGCAAUGCAUUUAAUGAAAUAGUCCAGAUUACUCUUGGGCACCUAUUAAGAAACGUGGCCUACCAUUUUCCCGCUUGGGGGUGUGUGUGGGCAUCCUGUGCCUCAGUUGCGCCCGCCGUAAAAUGGGAUCAGGAAUAGCUGUUUCCAUGCCUUGUUGUGGGAAUUCGGUGUGAUUAAGAUUGGUCACUAAAGCCAAACACCACGUAGAUUAAGCGUGUCUAGCUGCAGAGCCCCUGCGGGGCCGUCCCGUCCCCUCCCAACAAGCCCCGCCCCGGUGGGCGGAGCCACGGCCCCGGCCAGCACGUGUAAGAGUUCCCGGCGGGUCGCCGCAGUCACUCACCUGAGCGCCUGGGUCAGAGCGCGCACGGUACGCGCGUCCUCCGCCCGCGCCGUCCUCCGCCCGCCCGGCCGGCCUGCGACUCAUGUCCCGCCGCAAGGCCGGCAGCGCGCCCCGCCGAGUAGACCCCGAGCCUGCCGCCAACCCAGACGACGAGAUGGAGAUACCGGACCUCGUCAUCGACGUGAAGCCUGAGCCAGACCCUCGGCCCCUACCGGCCCCGUGGCGGAGGCCCUUUUCCCCGAAGGAGGUGCCCGCGUCGGGGCGGUUCGGGGGCGAGCCCCGCGGCUCUCCUGGCCCCAUGCCCGCCGGGGCCGCCCUCCGCGCCCUCGGCGCGCGGAACUCGGGGGCCUUGUGGACGCCACUGACCCCGAACCCUCCGGACCGCCAGCCUUGGGCCGACAAACACCCAGAUCUGUUGACCUGCGGCCGCUGCCUGCAGACUUUCCCGUUGGAGGCCAUCACUGCCUUCAUGGACCACAAGAAGCUGGGCUGUCAGCUCUUAAGAGGCCCCAGCCCCUGCCAGGGCUCAGAACAAGAGGACCUAAAGGCUUUGAACUGCCUCCGUUGUGGCAGACAGUUCACAAGGGCCUGGAAACUGCUACGCCACGCCCAGUGGGACCACGGACUGUCCAUCUACCAGACGGAAUCGGAGGCCCCAGAGGCCCCAUUGCUGGGCCUGGCCGAAGUGGCCGCAGCUGUGUCGGCAGUGGUGGGGCCGGCAGCUGAGGUCAAGAGCCCCCAGGUGAACAGCCUCAGCCGGCGGAGCCCCACCUGCCUUGUAUGCAAGAAGACCCUCAGCUCCUUCAGCAACCUCAAGGUGCACAUGCGCUCACACACGGGCGAGCGGCCCUAUGCCUGCGACCAGUGUCCCUAUACCUGCGCCCAAAGCAGCAAACUCAACCGCCACAAGAAGACCCACCGGCAGCUGCUGCCCCAGAGUCCCUGCAUGGCUGACACCAGCCAGGAGCAGGCCUCCGCAGCCCCUCCGGAGCCAGCCGCCCAUGCCGCGGCCCCAGCCAGCACCCUGCCAUGCAGCGCUGGUGAGGGGGCUGGAGCAGCCGCCACAGCGGGUGUCCAGGAACCUGGGGCUCCGGGCAGUGGGGCUCAGGCGGGCCCUGGCGGGGAUGGCUGGAGAGCUGUCAUCAAGGAGGAACAGAGAAUCGACCCUGCAAACAGUCAGAAGACAUCACCCAAGAAGAUGCCCAAGUCAGUGGGUAAGAGCCGUGGGGCCGGAGCCAGCUGCGAGUUCUGCGGGAAGCACUUCACCAACAGCAGCAACCUGACCGUGCACCGGCGCUCGCACACUGGGGAGCGGCCCUACGCCUGCGAGCUCUGCUCCUACGCCUGCGCCCAGAGCAGCAAGCUCAACCGCCACCGCCGCAUGCACGGCCUGGGGCCGGGCAGCACCCACUUCGAGUGCCCCCACUGCUGUGUGCCCUUCGGCCUUCGUGCCACCCUGGACAAACACCUGCGGCAGAAGCACCCGGAGGCCAUUGGGGAGGCCUGAGCACAGGCAUGCCCUCCCUGCUGUCCCUGGUACGUGACUGUUGACCCCCGCCCCGCCCCCCCUGCAAGUAAAUUGUCCUUGUUAUUUACA